GGAAAGACGUUACUGAAUUUACGUCUAGAGUGAUGGCAAAUCUAAACAAUUGUGUUCACACCAAUGGAUACGAAUACUCUAACAAUGUUGUAGAGCUAUCUGAUUAUUAUCUCAAUUACCACGCAGAACGAGGCACAAUUUCUGCCGCUCAAUUUACGGAAGUUUUGCAGUCAACGUUGUGGACAUGUCGCUCAUCUUUUGACUCUCCGUUUGAAGCAAUGGAAUAACUGUUGCAAUCAAAUGAAAGUAAAAAUGACUCGAUCGUAGAAGAUAAUGUCACGAAAAUAAUUGAACUAAUAGAUUUUACCAAGCCCAGCCAAGAUGCACUAGAGAGAGACCGUCGGAAAAUAGUCACAUUCCCAGUAGAGUUACUAUGGAAGCUGCCGUUAAAGUCUGCUCUAGACUUAGGAAAGAACUCAGUGAAAGCCAAACAAACCGGAUCGCUAGGGAGCAUCAAAUCGAAUGUGAGAGAGAGCGGCACGAACAAGACAUGGUUAAGCUGCAAGGCCUACUUCGUGAAACAGAGACUAGAGUAAAUGAGCUAGAAUUGUUUCCUCGGUUGGACGGUACAUGGACUUACACAGAUCCAAGAACGACAAUCAAUUCAGGCUUUUGGGGGUAUGAACGUUCUUCAUUAUCUUUGUCUCUAAACAUAACCCAGGCUCAGAAACAAAAGAAGAAUGAAACGAUUUCCUUUACAGUAACAGCUAAGUCAAAUGAUUCUGGCGUACAUCGUUCUACAGAGCAAGCGGAAUCUUGUGAAUUCAGCGUAAGACCAGCAUACAUUUUACCGUUGAUAAAGGAUAAAAGUCCUGGACGUGAUGCUCAUGUCAAUAGCCAGUACACGUGGCAAACUUGGUAUGAAAGGAUGGGAUCAGCAUGCAGUGGAGCAAACAUUCCUUCCUAUCUAGUGUAUGAUGUAAUCGAUGAUCGUAUAUUUUCUCCAUGGCCGUCCACAUAUUCGAAAGAACUCUUGGAAUGGACUAAAUCUCCAUUAGACGUUUCAACAUAG